GUUCAGAUCUACGAGCUGGAGGAGCAUAAGAUCGAGACGUGGAGAGAGCUGUACCUGCAGGAGACCUUCAAACCUCUGGUCCACAUCUCACCUGACGCCAGUAUAUUCGAGGCCGUUUACUCCCUGAUAAAGAAUAAGAUCCAUCGUCUUCCUGUCAUCGACCCGGUCAGUGGGAACGCUCUCUACAUCCUGACGCACAAGAGGAUCCUCAAGUUCCUGCAGCUCUUUGUGUGUGAGAUGCCCAUGCCGGCCUUCAUGAAGCAGACUCUGGAGGAGCUCGGCGUGGGGACGUACGCCAACAUCGCCUACAUCCACCCGGACACGCCGCUCAUCACGGCGCUGUCCGUCUUCACGCACCGCCGCGUCUCCGCCCUGCCCGUCGUCGACCACCACGGCAAGGUGGUCGACAUCUACUCCAAGUUUGACGUCAUCAACCUGGCAGCAGAGAAAACCUACAACAACCUGGACGUGACGGUCACUCAGGCGCUCAGACACCGGUCCCAGUACUUUGAAGGAGUCAUGAAGUGCAACAAACUGGAGACGCUGGAGACCAUCGUGGACCGCAUCGUCAAGGCUGAGGUCCACAGACUGGUUGUGGUGGAUGAGGAGUCUCGAAUCAUCGGGAUCGUCUCUCUGUCUGACAUCCUGCAGGCGCUGGUGUUAACCCCCGCAGGUCUGGGGAGGAAGGAGUCUCUGCCCUCUCAGCCCUCAGCCCUGGACUCAACUGGACCAGACACAGGAUGUAGACCUGAACCACACCAGGACCAGGAGAAAGACCAGGACCAAGAACUGGAGCCUUGUACGGAGACAGAGACAAAAAGCAAACCUGAGCCAGAUCAGGACCAGGACCAGGACCAAGGAGAGUCGGGCUGCAGGGACACUGAUGCUGCAGAGACCUGCCAACAGGAGGAGACAGAAGGGGAGGGAGAGGGGGAGACAGCAGAGACAGAUGGAGGAGAGAAACAGGAGGAGGAAGAGGAGGGAGGAGAGAAAGUGGGGGAGGAAGAGGAGACUGGUGAAGGAGCGAGGGAAGAGGAGGAGGAGGGGGAAGAUGGGACAAAGGGGGAGGAGGGAGGAGAAGUAGAGGAGGAGGGAGAGGAAGGAGUGAGGGAGGAGCAGGAGGAGGGGGAGGAUAGGACAAAGGGAGAGGAAGGAGGGAAAGUGAAGGAGGAAGAGGAGAAGGAGGGAGGAGCUGAAGAGGAGGCAGGAGAAGGAGGGGAGGAGGAGAGGGAGGAGGAGACGGGUGAAGGAGCGAGGGAGGAGGAGGACAGGAUAACAGGGGAGGAGGGAGGGAUGGUGGAGGAGGAGAAGGGGGAGGAAGCAGAGGAGAGGACAGGAGGAGGAAGUGGUGAAGGAGAAGAAGAAGGAAAGGAGGAAGAGGAGAAGGAGGGAGGAGCUGAAGAGGAGGCAGGAGAAGGAGGGGAGGAGGAGAGGGAGGAGGAGACGCGUGGAGGAGAAGAGGGGGAGGCGGCGUGACGUCCUCACCCGGCGUCUCUCUGGACUUUGUCGCGACUCGAGUCGAGCCGCUCGGAGGAGGAGGGGGAGGGGCGUCAGGCUGACGUGUGAUUGGCUGGGGAGGCUGUUUUUCAUUGGCCGUCAGUCGGAGGAGGAGUCGCUGCAGGACUGCGAUUGGCUCUGAUCAAUCAUGACGUCACAGCAGAGAGCAGGUAAACCACCUGAGCAGCUUCCUCUUCUGUUUGUCCUCAACAACUGAAACCACCAACCUGAACUCAGAGGCGACUCUUACUGUGAAAGGAGCUGUGGACGAGCUUCCUGUCGCUACAUAGCUAACGUUAGCAUUAGCAGCUGUUAACACUGGCUUUAGUUCUGUCACAUGCUAAUGACAGAUGGUCGUAAUUAACCAAUGACUGAUGAGCUGCUUUAACAGACGUGAAGAGAAACAGGUCAUUAUCAAUGAAGAGCCACGAAGACAUCAAACAGGAAGAAGACUCAGAAGUUUCAGAAUAAAACUGCUGUAAAAACAGGAUUUAUUCCACAAACAAUCACUUUUUAUUCUAUUUUAUUCUAUUUAAUCAUCAUCCAUCUCUGUGAGGUCACAGAGGGGGCGGGCCCAUGGUGUCUCUGAUUGGUGGAGAGUUAGAAAUCAAUAAGUGCUGGUUCUCAUGUAAAGUUUGUUCAUAGAGGUGAAUUAUCUGAAGUUACUUUGGCGUCAAGUUUCCAGUGAAUCUGUACAAAUGUAGAUUUUCUCAUUGAUGUGUUUAAAGUUGUAGUUUCAGACCGAACCCAUCUCCUCCUCCACCUUCCUCUCCGGGGAUUCUGGGAGAUGGAGUGUGUGAAGUUGAAGGUGUGAUGCGUUCACUGUCAUCUCGUCAGUCUGCAGACGGGCUACAUUUCUAAACGUUGUGUAAAUGUUGCUGCUGAUGAAUCGAUGAAUAAAACAUCCUGAUGAUUUUCCUUUUUAAA